AUGCCCGCGGCGUUUACGGGCUCGACCUCGCGGCUGACGAAGCGGCCACAUGGCGAGGGCAGCCACGCGGGCGCGGCGAACACAGCCGACACGGCAGCAGCAGCGGCAGCAGCAGCAGCAGUGGCAGCAGAUGAAGAUGCAGCCAACCGGGUGAAGCUGCCGCGUCUGGAGCGGGCGGGCGACGAUUUCUCGAGUGUGGUCAAGAGCAAGCUGCAGUCGUGCACGCGCACAGGACAGGCAUGUGAUCGCUGCAAGGUGCGCAAGAUCCGCUGCGAUGCCCUACCCGAGGGCUGCUCGCACUGCAUCAGCCAGAAGCUGGAGUGCUACGUGACAGACCGAAUCAGUGGGCGGACCGAGCGACGCGGCUACCUGCAAGAGCUGGAGCGCGAGAAGCUGGCGAUGCAGGCGCACAUACAGCAGCUGCAGGUGCUGCUACAGAAACAGGGUGUCGAGGUGCUGCCGUGGCGGUGGUCAGCUUAUUCGCCCGUCUAUCCGCCGGACGUGGCCGUGGACGCUAAUGGCGGCGUGGUGCAGGACGCGGCAAACCCGUGGUCCUAUCUGGGCUCGGUGUGGUACAAGGGCAAGGGGAGCAGCAGCAGCGACGGUGACGACAGCGGCAACGGGAGUGGUGGAAGUGGGAGCAGCACAGCACUUACGAAGACGACGACAGCAACAUCAGCAGAAACAGACCACUACGUGUCGGAAUACGCCAGCGCGUCGGCCCUACAGUCGGUUCCGACAGACAGCUAUCUGGGCGUUUAUGCAGACCGGUCGCCGCUCAACUCGGUCAACGGCACGCAGGUAUCGAUCCUGGGCACGCUGCUGGACAUUGACGUCAGCCCGUCGGCCGUCGAGCCGGAGCCGUCGACGAUCUACCACGAGCCAACCGGACUGUACAACCGGUCGCUCGGGUCGUUUUUCCGGUCUUUUAUGAACAUCAAUCCGCCACUGCAGGACGUGGAGCUGCCGUCACGCUCGGACGCAUUCGAGUACUCGGAGUGGUACUUUCUGAUCGUGCAGCCGUUCCUCCCAAUAUUACACAAGCCGUCGUACAUGGCGCUGCUGGCACGCAUCUACGACGACGCCAAGUACCAGGCAACGACAUCGGAACUGGUGAUUGUGCACAUGGUGUUUGCCACCAUAUACUUCCAGUAUGGGACGCGCAACCGGGAGGAGCCCGGACGGCAGAUGCAGCUGCACGACCUCUCCAACAAGCACUACCACUGGGCACUCAGCAAGGUGUGCGACCUGAUGUGUGAUUGGUCGCUGACGGCCGUGCAGGCCGUGCUGCUGAUCACGGCAUACACGCGGGCCUUUCCCAAGCCGGGCUGCGGAUCCACAAUGUCCAAGCUCAGUCUGAUGAAGGCGAUCGACCUGGGGUUGCACCGGGUGCCGGCGAGCACGCCGAGCACGACGACGCUAGACAUUGAGAUGCGGCGGCGGUGCUGGUGGACGUCGUUGAUGCUGUGCAUCACGCUCAACGGACGGCUGGGCCGGCCGAUGCCGAUUUCGCUGCGCGAGUUCGACACAGACUUGCCGUUAGCAGUGCCGGACGAGUACCUGACGGCCGAAGGGAUCACGGACCUGAGCAAGGUGGGGUCGUGUGUGUAUCUGUUUAGCCUGCACGCGUUCCGGUGCACGCCGCUGUUCAUGGAGAUGUUCUCGACCAUUUACGGGGCGCGUCGGGACCCGCGACGGUACGAGGCCACGAUCCGGGACCUGGACCGGCAGUAUUGGGCGAUCGAGGCGGACCUGCCGACGGAGCUGCGGACAGACCGGUGCAAGCCGACGGAGAUGGUGGGCGCGCUGUACGCGGAGGCGAUCAUGCUGGAGUUCCGGCUGUGUCUAUGGCACCCGUCCGUCUGUCUGUCGACGGACUCGGAGGUGCGGGCACACAGCACGCGCAUCUGCGAGGACGCGGCACGGCGGCUGCUCAAGGUGGUGCAGCGGCUGCUGGCCUUCAAGUCGCUGGACACGACAUGGUACCAGAUGUCGGUCUACUGCGCCGCCAUGUUCUCGACCGUGGCCGGCGUGUGGGAGCGUCGUUUUACCGCCACGCGCGAGGAGGUCGAGGUGCUGCAGGACGAGAUGAGCAUCUGGCUGUCGGUCAUUGCGGAGAUCGGCCUGAUGACGGGAGCCUCGACCAACAGCCAGCCAUUCAACAGCAAGCUGACCCACAUCUGCGCACGUACCAUCUCAUGGAUCCUGCGCGACAUGCCGGAUGGGGGUAGUGGUGGUUUUGGGAGAGGGAUUGGGAGUGGGAGUGGAACUGGUAUGAGUGGUGGUGGUGGUGGUGGUGGUGGUAGUAGGAGUGGCAACAACAACGCAAACACGCACCCGAGCAACGGUCACAUUGACAGCGUGGCCAUCAAGCUCGAGGCCGAAGCCCGGCGCAAGCUCGAAGACCGCAUAGACAACAACGAGUCCAUAUCGAACAUAUAUGGCCACGGCAGCAGCUCGGCUGCGGCGAACUCGACGACGACGACGACCAUCACUACUACUACUACUACUAGCAGCAAUGCAUACGGUCCUGUGUCGAUGUCGUACACGCCAAUGGCCCUGGACGACAACAGCGGUCAUCGUCAGCAGCAGCAGCAGCAGCAGCAACAACACCUUUCACACCACCAGAAUCAUCUGCAUCACAUACAACAGCCGCCCUACAUGUAUGCCACAUCGCCAGACGGCAGCUUCUUGACGGAGGCCCAAGCAGCAGCAGCGUCUACAGGCGCUGCCGGACACCCUGCAGCGACCGGCUCCUCGGCUGCCGGGGCGACAGCCAACAACACGUGGACCGACUGGACGGCAGCCAUCGCGGCCAGCAACAGCCAGGACCGUUUUGCUAGUGCCGACGCGCUGCUCGACCUCAGCGUGCUGCACCAGCGACUGGCACCGAUGCCGCCGCCAUCGUCGACGAGCGUGGACGGAAACGAGGCCGGUCAACAGGCAGCAGCAGCACAACAGGCGGCAGCAGCACAACAGGCGGCAGCAGCAGCACAGGCAGUGCCGGGGCCAACAGAGUGGCCGCUGCUGCUGUACAACGAGAAUGCCGGGCUGUAA